AUGAAGCAACCUCCAGGUUUUAUUCAUCCAGACUAUCCUAAUCAUGUUUGCAAGCUAACCAAAGCCAUCUAUGGCUUGAAACAAGCUCCACGAGCUUGGUUUCAUCACUUCAGUGCAUUUCUUAUUUCUCAUGGUUUUGCUUGUAGCAAAUCUGAUAGUUCGAUGUUUAUUUAUCGCUCUUCUUCUCAUAUCCUUAUUCUAUUACUCUAUGUUGAUGAUAUCUUUCUCACAGUUCGUACUCCCAUUGCUUCUCGCACUUCUAUUUCUCUAAUGGACGGUGAGUUACUUUCAGAUCCUAGUGAAUAUAGGAGCAUGGUUGGUGCUCUUCAAUAUUUGACUAUGACUCAUCCGGAUAUUGCCUAUGCUGUAAAUGUUGUCUCUCAAUUUAUGCAUGCUCCCCGUACCACUCACAUGCAUUGUGUCAAGCGUACUUUCAGGUACUUGCAGGGUACUCUGACUUAUGGUCUAACUUUGCGUGCCCUAUCUCCGACUUUCAUGGUUAUUGCCUACUCGGAUGCUGAUUGGGCUGGUUGUCCAGAUAGUCGCCGUUCUACUUCAGGUUUUGCUAUGUUUCUAGGAUCUAAUCUUAUCUCUUGGCGUGCAAAGAAGCAGCCAACAGUUUCAAAAUCGUCUACAGAGGUCGAGUAUCGGGCUAUUGCAUACACUGUUGCUGAGACUUGUUGGAUUCGUCACAUUCUUUGUGAGCUUGGUAUCUUUCUUCAUGAACCAAUUCAUGUUGCACAAGGAGAUCUUAUAGUUCAAUAUGUUCCAACACAUUUGCAGUUAGCAGAUAUCUGUACGAAGGGCUUGCCUUCAUCUCAAGUUUGUUUUCUUCGGGACAAUCUGUCUGUUACUCCCACCAGUACAGAUUGA